CAAUCGGGAAAAGAGGCCGAGGCCGAUGAGGCUGACUCCUGAUCGAGGCACAUCUGCUGACCUCGAAUCUUUCGGCUCAACAAUGUAUCCUUCUUCAAGCGAGAGGCAUCCAAGCGAUUAAUUCUGAUUACAUUCGAUGCGUCAAAAUGGACGAAGUUGUGUAUGCUGACUUACUCCGAGAUCGGACACUAUUUGCGCCGGCUGACGGCCAUCGCGCAUUUGAGAUGUAUCACGCAGUCGGCGAUGAAGGGUCCCAGUUCAAGGAGAGGGUGCUGUCGGAGAGACAAAUCUCCUCAUGGCUGCGUAACGGGCAAAGCCCCAGGAUGGAGACAUCGACACCGCCACCAUGGUUUCGAUUAUUGGUAUGCAGCCCCAGGACGCUCGACCAGAAUAUCUGGCCGAUUCCUCUAGCAAGUGAUACCUUGCAGGAUGUGCUCCAUCUCCUCGGGGUCCCUUCGCUAUUCCCAAGGGCUGUCUGCCGUCACGUUCCCGUUGCGACCCCGUUCGACAGCCUCGACGAUACGGGCAGGUACGGGAUGGUUCUUCGCACCAACUUGAGCUGGACUUGGCAAUAUGCGCUUGCCAUGGUCCAUGAUCCCAAAACAAAGUCAACCACGGGCAUUGUGAUUGGGCUGCGUUCCAGCGAAGCCGAGGAAGUGCUGCUUUCCAUCCGAAAAGCUGCAAGGCUGUUGGAAUGCCCGGCCAUGCUGCCGUGCAUUUUCAUGGACAUAGCUCUAGAUUCCCUCUGCCAAGACGCCGAAGGGCGGCGGAAGAGCUUGCUUCAGAUAUGUUAUGAAACCGGGCUACACGGGUUCCAGCGCGCAAGUUUCAAAGGCCAGUGGGACGACCGGAACGACUUGGAUCUCGAUGUCCUCAUGCAAAAGCUCACUGGACUGUCCGACGCCUGCGCCGGCAUAUCUGCCGUUUGCCAGAUGCAGGCCAACUUCAUUGAUGCCAUCUCCUCUUUCAAGGACCAGUGGGAUCCUGACAACUCCCAACACCCUAGCCGGCAUGUCCAACAGCGCCUGAGUUUCUUCCGCAGCGUCCUUCACGGCGUUGAGUCCAAGAUCAUCUACACAAAAUCCUCGGCACAAGGCCAGGUUCAGACCAUCUACACCCUCAUAAGCCAGCGCGACAGCCGAAGCCACUUUGUUCUCGCCGAGGCGACGCAAAAGCUGGCCGCCAUGUCGCGGAAAGACAGCAUCGAUAUGCGCAUCAUUGCCGCCGUGACGCUCAUUUUCCUGCCUGCCACCUUUACCGCCACCUUCUUCUCGGCGUCGUUUUUCAACUUCCAGCCCUCAGGGGGAGAUCAUGUGUCGAGUUGGGUCUGGCUGUACUGGGUCGUCACAGUACUGCUUACCAUUAUUGUGCUCGGAUCGUGGUGGUACUCGGCUCGGCUGGAGCAUGUUAAGGCACAGGAUGCUUUUCGGAGGGAGAGCGAGAUGCAGUUGAGGAGGGCGGAGACGGAGAUUCCUAAGGCAUUGUUUGUUGAGACCGGACAGCCGCCUUCGGCAAGGGUGGAGGUUUUGAGGCCCUAUUUAGGUGGGAGUUUGGCGGAGGGGGUAUUUGCUCAGCGAGGUGAGUUUGUUCUCCCAAAAGCAACGUGCUAUGCCUGUCUGCAACUAAUCAUGAUGCAUGUUUUUAGUAUUUAUCCCUGAGAUCAAGGGUCCUAAUCGAGUCGACACUGUGAAUAUAUCACCCACGUCGCCGCGGGAAGGCUGAGCUUUGGAUGAUAGCGAUGGCUAAUAACACUAAUCAGCGUAAGUUUACAAUUAUCCUUAUUCAAGAAAUCUACCAUUGUGACGAGUGACUUCCUUCAGAGGAGUGGUGUUAGCCCAUGGCCUGAUGUGGCAAAGUUUGUCGUUCGUAGAGUUCUUUGGCUUGGCAAGACACUGAAUGCAGAGGAUCGCAGUAUAGUUUGAAUUAUUUGAGCUCGACUCGCUUCUCUAGACUACUUUAACAUAUCCUUGUUUUAAGUAUACAAGCAUGACCAUCUAACAUUGCUUU